CGGACUCUCUCUGCAGGCCCAAGGGAGAUUGGCACCUUUGGGAGGAGAUGACACAGGGCUCACUCCAGGGAAUGCAGAGAGGCACCGAGCUUGGGGGAAGCCCAGGGGUCUGCCAGCUCCCAGGGACAGCCAGAGCCUAGGGAGACACUGAGCCCAGAGACGGAGGUUCACUUUCCCACCUUCUCUGUGAUUCCCCCACCCCGUCCUCCUCUUCUCACCUUAUUCUGGGCAUGUGAAGAGCUGAUUCAGGCAGCAAGGGGACUGCCCAUCAACGAGACACAGAAGACAGCCAUGGCCUCAGCGGUGCCCAUAGGGAAAGCACUAGAAGAAGCCACGUGCUCCAUCUGCCUGGAGUAUCUGACAGAGCCGGUGAUGAUAGCAUGUGGGCACAACUUCUGCCGAGCCUGCAUCACCCAGUACACUGAGCAAAGAAAGCCUCAAUCAGGCACAAAGUUCCCCUGUCCUGAGUGCCGAGUGCUGUUCCAGAAAGGGAAUUUCAGGCCCAACAGGCAGCUGGCCAAUAUCAUAGAAAGCAUCAAACCUCUGAGGUUACAGCCUGGGCAAGCACAGAAUGAGAAUCUGUGUGAGAUGGACAAGGAAAAACUCCAACUCUUCUGCAGGGAGGAUGGAAAAGCCGCCUGUGUGGUCCCCAUAGAGGAAGUUGCCCAGGGUUAUAAGGUAAAACUCCAGGAAAUCCUGGGUCCUCUGAGGCAGAAGCUGGAGGAGGCUCUGGCACUGGUGUCUGAAGAGGAAAAGAAAAUCAGGGAGUGGCAGGGCAAAGUAGAGAAUCAGAGACGGUCAAUCACAUGUGAAUUUAAGAAACUGCACCAGCUUCUGAGUGAGGAAGAGCAGCUGCUCCUGAGGAGGCUGGCGGAGGAGGAGAGGGAGACUCUGCAGAGACUACAGGACAAUAUCACAAAGCUCUCGGAGCAGAGUGCUGCACUGAUCAAUCGCAUCACAGAGCUAGAGGAGAAGUGUCAGCAACCGGCCGCUGAGCUGCUGCAGGGUGUGAAAAGCACAUUGAUCAGGAGUGAACAUGUGAAACUCCAGCCACCAGAAGCUGUUUCUCCUGCCCUGAAGAGCGGGUAUAAAAUCUUCCUUGACAUGAGGGAAAUGCUGAAGAGAUUCACCCUGGACGUGACUCUGGAUCCAGACACGGCUCAUCCCAACCUUGUUCUGUCUCAGGAUAGGAAACGUGUGAGACGCAAAACCAAACGACAGAAUCUGCCCAAUAACCCUGAGAGAUUUGAUCCCUGUGUCUUUGUCCUGGGUGCUGAGGGAUUCACGGGAGGGAGGCAUUACUGGGAAGUGGAGAUGGCAGACAAGACUAGGUGGAUCCUGGGGGUUUGUAAGGAGUCUGUGAGCAGGAAGAAUCCAGAUCACCUGUCACCUAAAAACGGAUACUGGACUGUGUGUCUGAGGGAUGGGGAAUACAAGGCUCUCACCGACCCAUGGACCCCACUCCCCGUGAGUGUCAGGCCCAGCCGAGUGGGGAUUUUCCUGGACUAUAAGGCAGGUGAGGUCUCCUUUUACAAUGUGUCUGACAGGUCCCAUCUCUUCACUUUCACUGACACCUUCUCCGGGACAGUCCGCCCUUUCUUCAGUCCCUGUGCCAAUGCUGGAGGUAAAAACACAGCUCCCCUGAUAAUCUGCUCAGUCCCAGCUCAGGCCAGAGGGAAUCUUGGUCCCUGAAGGUGACACCUAAGCUGGACACUCACACAUUGCCGGAAAACCAGACUUCCCGACACUUCUGGAACAGCGUGACCCUGCCCCCAUGGGUGUGAUGGUGGAAAGGUCAUCACCUUCACCCACUUCUCACCGCCACCCCUCUCACUUUCCAGAACCCAGCCUCUGAUGCGGGGGAGAGGAGAUAGGGGUGCAGGUGCGAGGGUCAGGGUGCAGGCUCCUGGGCUGUGUAGGGUCCAGGGCAGGGAGGAGUUUGUAGAAGCAGGAAGGGAAGAGCCCAGAUCAUAAGAGGAAGGCUGGG